GCUGUUAGUUACCUAAUCUGUUGUUCCUGAGGUCAAACAAAAAGUGAUCUCAAUUAUCUCAUUGUAACGACGUACUAACGUACAGUAUUGGGUGUACUAAGUAUUUCACUUUAUUCAGUAUAAGUGUUGUGUCGUUGUCCGGUUAACGUGAGGCCAGUUGUUUCUAAAAGCGAAUGAUGAAGUAUUUAUUCGUCUUAAUUGGUCUCAGCAUAGCAACAUGCGAAGCUGACAACAUCGCUUCACCAGUGCUAUGUGGUGUGACUCCAAACGCGAUCUAUCAAUGUCUCGGUACACCAAAAGUUGUCAAGAAAGAAGCGUCCAGUCAAUGCGAUUCUGAUCUUGGAGAGUGCGAAAAAAUGAGCUGCAUUUUCAGUAAAUCAGGCUGGAUGAAAGGCAAUAAGGUAGAUAAAGAAGAGUUCGCAGCUCACUUUGAUCAGUUCGCGAAGGAGAACCCUGACUGGAAGGUGGCGGUGGAACACAUGAAGUCCAACUGUCUGUCCAGCGACCUCCCUCCUCAGGGUGUACAUUUAAACUGUCCAGCAUACGAUGUCAUGAUCUGCGCCUUCGCUAACUUCAUCAAGGGCGCUCCGGCCUCCCAGUGGUCGUCCUCUUCUCAAUGCGAGUACCCUCGACGAUUUGCAGCCUCUUGUCCAGUGUGCCCCACAGCCUGCUUCGCUUCCGCCAUACCCAUAGGUUCUUGCAACGCCUGUCUCUCGCUGCCGAGAUCACCUUAGACUUUAUAGAAUUUUGUACUGAUAUUGCAUAAAAGAAAUAAUUCUUUA